UCCUCUCCGUGCGCGUUCGUCGUCAUUGAAAUUCGACCCUGGAUCCAGGUCCAGUCUGUCUCGCGCGGGGCCCGUGUGUGUAUGUAUGUAUGCAUGUUUCUCUCGGCGAACGAUCAUGCUUCAUUGCUUUGUUCUGCGCCGCUUUCUCCGUCUCUCGCCCUCUUUGCCUUGGUGGGCUUUUCCCUCGAAUCGCGGAGGACCGUGCACGGCCGUCCAGGCGAGGCGUCACUUGUGUCUUUUGCACUGCAGCACUCUAAGCGCCUCUGCUGUGAUCCGUGUGCAUAACCCUAAUCCCCAGCCAUCAACUAUUGGGUUGACUGUAUUUGCGCUGUAGUGCUGGCUGGUGUGGGAAUGGGUGGCGAAAAGCUCCCUCUGUGCAGCUGCCG